ACAAAUGAUUAAAUGUUUAUACAAUUUUAGUUACAGAAUGCAUCACUUCGUCCAGAGAGAGUUUUUGUUGAUUCCCGACAGCUGAAGAUUUGUGCAACAUGUUUUAAUUUGACACUUGGUUUGCUGCGCUUGCUUGAGAUGGUUGUUCAUUCUGCUAGUGCUCUGUUUACUGACUGGACGAGACCAUCUGCUGAGGUGUUACUUUCAUCUCUCUGUCAGCUGAUUUGUCAGAUACUAAACAGAAUGUCAUCUCGAUCUGGUUGUUUUGAGGUAGUUGUCAACUUAGAAGUUCGUGGUUUAGAAGCUGUUCAUCAUUUUCCCAUUAUAACAGCUGUAGUUGGUAUCCUUGUAUAUCUGAUUUUAGAAAGUCCAAAAGAAAGUAGUCAACUGGCUUUAAACGUGCUGUUAUCAGAACCAAGUUUUCAACUCCAUUCAUUUGAUGCCAUUCUGGGUGCAUCUAUUUCAACUGAGUCCAAUACCAGCAAUCUGAAUCUUGCGAAAUACACAGAGGUAACUCUCACAGAGCUCUCCCAGGCCAGCCAACUGAUGGCAAUGCUCACUUCUACAUAUCAACAAAAAGCAGCCAAUGAGGCUAGUCAGGAGAUAGAAGAAGAAUACUUAUGUACUAUAUGUUAUGCCAGUCCAAAGUCAACAGUCUUUCAACCAUGUGGUCAUCAGUCUUGCAGAGCUUGUAUAUCUCACCACCUGCUUCAUCACAAAGAAUGUUUCUUCUGCAAAGCUGUAAUAACUAACGUUACUACAAAUGAUGGAACUGUACUACAUGAAUCAAGAGAAGAUACGAAGGAGUCCUGAACAUUGUCAGAUGAGCAAAAAUGCACUCAUUGAGGUUUUUAAUUUAUUUAUUAUAGAUAGGUAGGUGAAUAAUAAAGCCUAAUUUGUAUGUGA